AUGCUUAGAACCGUGUUUGGUAAGCAAACCUUCAGAGGUCUCGCCACUGCUGCCCAGAAGCAGCCCAACAUCAAGAAGUUCCAAAUCUACCGCUGGAACCCGGAUACCCCUGAGGUCGAGGCCGCCCUCAAGACCUACGAAAUCGACCUUAACGAAUGCGGGCCCAUGGUGUUGGACGCGUUGCUCAAGAUUAAGAACGAACAGGACGCCACUCUCACUUUCAGAAGAUCGUGCAGAGAAGGUAUCUGUGGCUCGUGCGCCAUGAACAUCGGCGGUAGAAACACCUUGGCCUGUCUUUGCAAGAUCGACAAGAACGACAAGUCCGACCUCAAGAUCUACCCCUUGCCCCACAUGUACGUGGUGAGAGACCUUGUUCCCGACUUGACCCACUUCUACCAACAAUACAAGUCGAUCCAGCCGUGGUUGCAAAGAAAGGACCACCCUGCCGAUGGCCGGGAAAACUUGCAGCUGAUCGCUGACAGAGCCAAGUUGGACGGGUUGUACGAAUGUAUUUUGUGUGCGUGCUGCUCGACCUCGUGUCCCUCGUACUGGUGGAACCAGGCCCAAUACUUGGGGCCCGCCGUGUUGAUGCAAGCCUACAGAUGGAUCAUCGACUCGAGAGACCAGGCCACCAAGAUGAGAAAGGAAAUGUUGCAGAACUCGAUGUCGUUGUACCGUUGCCACACCAUCAUGAACUGUACCAACACUUGCCCCAAGGGUCUUAACCCGGGUCGGGCGAUUGCCGAAAUCAAGAAGUCGAUGGCUUUUGACUAA